GGCCGGGAGAAAAGGCCUCGGCCACGGAGCGGCGGUAUUACAAAGGACCACCGUGUCCGCCUUUGUCCUGCAUCUGCCAGUGGAGCGCCCUCGUCGCCACUGGCUUCGCCUUCCCCCCCGGCUCCACCUGUCUCAUCCCGGGAAUCUGCGUCAGCAGUCACUAGCCGCCCCGCCAGCCCAGGAAGUGAAGCAGGCUCCCAGCAAGGCAGGGACCUCGCAGACAGAACGGGGAGGAAAAUGAAGCUUCCGAUUUUCAUAGCAGACGCGUUCACGGCCACCGCUUUCCGUGGCAACCCUGCUGCCGUCUGCCUCCUGGAAAAUACAUUGGAUGAUGAUUCUCAUCAACUCAUCGCACGAGAAAUGAACCUCUCUGAAACCGCAUUUAUUCGAAAACUGCAACCGACUGACAACUUCACACAAAGUUCCCACUUUGGACUGAGGUGGUUUACUCCAGAGAGUGAGUUCCCGCUGUGCGGUCACGCCACCCUGGCCUCUGCGGCUGUGCUGUUUCACAAAAUAAAGAACACAAACAGCACUCUAACCUUUGCCACGAUGAGCGGGGAGCUCAAGGCCAGAAGAGCAGAGGACGGGAUUGUCUUGGACUUUCCUCUGUACCCAGCCUUCCCCCAGGACUUCCAUGAGGUGGAAGACUUGAUAAAGGCAGCCAUAGGGGACACCCUGGUCCAGGAUAUCCGGUACUCUCCAGAUACCAAAAACCUCAUGGUCCGGCUCAGCGAUUCUUACAACAGGUCCUUUCUGGAGACCCUGAGGGUGAACACAGAGCCUCUGCCUCGAAUGGAAAAGACAGGGAAGGUGAAAGGACUCAUUCUCACUCUCAGAGGAGAGCCUGGGGAGCAGACACCCCACUAUGACUUCUACUCCCGGUACUUUGCACCAUGGGUUGGUGUGGCUGAAGACCCAGUAACAGGGUCUGCCCACACUAUUCUUGGCCCCUACUGGUCUGAGGAGCUGGGAAAGAAAGAAAUGCGAGCCUUUCAGUGUUCCCGCCGAGGAGGAGAACUGGACAUUUCCCUGCGACCUGAUGGGCGAGUUGACCUGAAGGGUGGCGCUGCUGUUGUCUUAGAGGGCACGCUGACCGUCUAGAGACGCGUCUGCACUUAUGCUGACGGUCUAGAGACGCUUAUGCACUUAUGCUGAUGGUCUAGAGAUGCGUAUGCGCUUAUGCUGGGCUGUGGCCACCGCUAAACACGGUGUUUUCUCUAUACUACAAAACAAACCAAAAACUAAACCAACAACAAAUGCCCAGAGCUUGCUUCAGCAAGCCCACUAACCAGUGCCCUCAACUCUCUCAUGAAGAAGAGAAAGGAAAGACAGUUGAUGGAGGUGAGACAGCAUCUCCAGACUCCUUAACUGGUGAAGGGCUCUGGCCUCUGCUUCUGUGCAUCUUCAGGAAUCCACAGCAGGCAGCGAUGCUGCCAUUUCUUUUGAUUAUGACUGACAAUCAAAGUGAGAGAGCCAUUGAUAAGAAUGGGAAUGAAAUUCAGAUUUGGGCAUGGGUACCCGAUAGAAGAUUUUAUAUAUAUAUAUAUAUAUAUAUAUAUAUAUAUAUAUAUAUAUAUAUAUAUACUUUCAAUUUAAAGACAGAGUCCUACUGUACACUGUACAGCAGCCCUGGUCGGGAAGAAGCUCUCUAUGUAGACCAGGCUACCCUCCAGUCAACAGAUAUCUACCUGCCUCUGCCUCUCGAGUGCUAGAUUGAUGAUAUGUUCCCUCAUGCCCAGACUCAUACCCUUCUAAUACACACAUUAACUCUGUGGAAAUGCAGAUCGAACACUAAGGAGAACAGCCAGUGAACUGUUAAGGAGGCCAUACUACGGCUGUAGGGAAUAUGGAGUCACGUGACUGUGAAGACAGCAAAGGGAAACUGGGUGGGAAGGUCCAGAAUAAUCUUAGUGUCUCCGUACCAAUCAGGACAAAACCCAGGAACUUGAAACAAUGAGUGUCUGAUUAGAUUACGUGAUGACACAAAUAAACACUGAGAAUGGUGUGAUCUCUG